AUGGGCUCCGCCGAGAUCUGGAUCGCAUCCGUCCUUGAGAAAUGUCUCGCAUCUUAUGAUCAAGGUCCAGCUGGUAGUACUAAGUACGAAGAUGAUGGUAGUAACCUUCGUUUCUCUACCCGUGUUCAGCACUCGGCUUUGAUCCAAAGUUGGAGGGAGCAAGAGGGCGUACCCAAAUUAAUUUUGACCGAUUCGAAGUCCCAGAUCGAGGCGAUUCUUACACAGGAGGCAUUGCGGGCCUACGGGAAAACAGCUCCGGACCAUCCGUUAUGCGCGGACCUGACUCGGGGUUACUAUAUCCAAUUGUUGGACUUUCAGGUGGUCCUGGAGUAUUCAACAGUUGAGCCAAAGGUCCAUUUAUACGUUCGACGUUUCGAUAUCGACUGGAGCCGCGGAAAGACAAAAUCAGCCCCGCAGGGCAAGUUGGUCAAUAAGAACCCUUCCGUCAAGAAAUUGAUGCAACAUGUUGUUCACAGUAUUAGGGGCCCUGAGGCGGACGAUGCGGCACAUGCGGAGCCAUUCGAUGAUACUUUCGGAACACAGGCUUACCAGGGCACUCGAAUAUCUGCUUCGCAAGACGUUCUGAUGUCCCAAAUACCCCCAAUGUCCGCUUUCGAGAGUCCAGCGGCUCGUACCUCGUCUAUUAGCUGUUCUGAUAUGACAAAUAAUUUAUUGGGGAAUGCAGAAAUGCGUGUGCGGAUGCCGGAUGUUCCCGACUUAAGUAAUGACAAUGUGCACAGACGAAAGACAGAGGCUGCAGAACAGCUUCGGAGUAGACAGAACAGCGCUGAGGCUACCAAGCCUUCCUCCAACUCCAUGAAUGUCCGACGAAGUUCAUCGACUGCUAGCCAAAAAAGGCUUGAGAAUGCCACAGGGACCAGGGAACCUGAUAUCCUCAGUCGACUGCCAAGCGAACCGGGGGCCCAGAGAGUUAGCCAGCCACCCUCUGAUCUACCAGGCGAAGAAUAUGCAACAAAGCCAAAUCGUGCCGUCACAGCAAAUGGGUUAACAUCCAAUGCGAUUCAAGGAAGUCCUAAUAAACUGUCUUCUCAGUCUAUAAAACCGGAGAAACCGUAUCCCAAUAAUACCGAUCCUUGGUAUGGAACGACAAAGAUUCGACGGAGAGACAUUGAGAUCCCAAAAGAACAAGCCGAACUGCUGGAACAACAUAGGCGCCGUUGGAUACCACCAUCUCCGGGAGAAAGUACGCCACAGGGGCAUGUGCCACCCAGACUACUUCAUCAAUGGAACGAAACGGCACUACGAAGGAGUCGCAUGGCUCGGCACAAGACGUCUGUGGACGUGGAGGCCGAGUCUCACCAGCUCCUACCCAGCCAACCCAGCCCUACACCUCAGACCGAUUCGGAAUCGGAGGGCGAGCCUUUGACGUCAGACUGGUCAAGUUCCCCAGAGCGGGUGUCACGUUCACGUCAGGUUCUGCCAGAAGAUAGCAGCCCAGUGCGUGUUCGUACCUUUAGGAAGGGAGGAGAGUCAAAUAACGAGACGUCCGAACAGCCGCCGCAAGGUAGCUUGGAGUCUGCUCGCGAUGAUCAAAUCAUACCGCAACUGAUGUUCAAAAAUAAAGAUGACACCGUGGGUCUAAAUUCCAACGGGGAUGGUCAGCUCGCUUGCCGUGAGACGUCUCAACUGAAAGUUACAAAUCAUGUACGGGAUGUCCAGGAUGAGUCCGAUGCUGAAAGCGAAGACUCGGUGAUGGACACGUCCGUUCCGUGUCCGCUCGGUGAUGUGCAACAAGUACAACUUGCUAGUCAAUCUGAACAGGAAGUUACAAGCUCUGGCUCGUCACUUCCUGGGCGUCGCAUCCGCGAACAUGUGCAGGUAGUGGACACGCCAGACAACAAUGUCAGUCGUCGAUCUGUGGACUAUGCUAGAAAAGAUGCUGGAAAUAGAACUCAUCACGGUGGGCAACUGUCAUCUGACGCAGCGAAAUCCUCAUCUCAGUCACGGAUCCUCAACACGUAUGCCAGUAGUGGAUCCAAAGAAACUUCAUCCCAGGAUCGUCAAAAUGGCGCCGCCGCUCAUAAGAACUCCGAUAUACUUAGCACACAAGUGAGCAAUGGCAGUCUGCAUAACGACACAACGCCGUAUACGACGUCGGAUAUGGGGUUCAAUUCAUCUGCUUCAGGAGCUCAACCGCCCAGUGUCUCGAUCAAUGGCCCGAUGCACAACUCACAGAAGUCAGAUCCGUUUUCCUCAUACAGAGAAAUGCCUUCAUCAAUAUCUUCAAAGAUCGGGGAGGUGGUUGUAGCGGGCAUUGAGAUGCGAGAUACGCCUGCCGAGCAGCCCACAAUGCCGCGCCCGAAACGUCGUGUAUCGGAGAUCGGACAAGAGCAAGAGUUCCCUGCCAAACGGCCUAAGAUGGAGCCUCAUCAACAGCCAUCUGAAGAACCAGCGUUGAACAUAGUCGUUCGUCGCCAAAGCUACAUCAACCACUCCACCCAAAAGUUGGAGGAGGCCCAAAGGGUGUAUGAAAAGUUUCGACGGGAUUAUCCGAACUAUCCAGGGGACUUUGCUCACUUUACCGAGCUUUGCUCGAAACUCCAGGCCGUCCGCUCCAAGGGACAUUUGCAGCGGUCAUUCUUAUGGGAUGACUUUAUCAUCAAGCAUCUGGAGGAUUAUCCACGCUAUCUUGAAGAGUGUCUCUCCACGGAUACCAAGUCAUUGGUAUAUGAAGAGUUCUUUGCGUCGUCCUACUCUAGGCCUUCAUACAAGAAGCGGAGCAUCACCACUCAUGGGAUCGAAAUCAAUGCGGCACAGUAUAUUCCCGCAGAUCAGGCCAGGGCGCCCGACACCGAUAUCGCAUCUCGAACAGCAGACGCUUCUUUCACGGGGAGUCUUGUCGAGCGAUUCACUAAUUUCCACGCCCGUUCCUUUGGCCCUGAGACUCAGGGAACCCAGUCUGAUACAGAUAUGGACUACAUGUCGUGCCUUAUGUCGUCUCCCACUCCUCAGACAAAGGUCAGGCGUGACGCGAAUGCAGCUGGAGAUCUCCCAUUAUUGGACGAGGAGGCUAUGGAGACUGCCUCGGAACGGGAUCCGGGAUCAGGCAUUCCAGGGACUAGGACUGGGCAAGAGCCGGAUGACGCGCCGAUGGACGAACAACCCUUGGAAUCUUCCGUUCCUGAAGGCGAAGCUUAUUACGAAGUUCGAGACCCGUUUUCGAAUGAAGACACGCCAUCUGCGCAAUUAGAACAGCACUUGAAGUCUACUUUGGACGAAAGGGGCACACAAAGCUCGGUCAACACUCGCGAGAGAUCAGCCAUUGUUCAAGAGAUGACAGAGCCGGGACAGCUAAAGUCCAGUGCUGUGGAAGACGCCGGCGACCGCGCAGAGAUAUCCUCAGCUGUGCAGGAAGCCUCCCAGGAAGAUGGCUUGGACUCUAGUGUCCCAGAGAGUGGAGAUUUUAUCAUGCACGAGCAACCCAAACCGGACUUAGACUCCAGUAUACCUGAGAGUGAAGCUGCAAUGGCAAGCUCAGGAAGCACGGACGCCGAUGAGUUGGAACUAGAGCACCACUCAGCCCCCAACUCCACACAUGAUUCAACCGAAUCUGACAUAGUGAGCGAGUCUAGCCACGAUGAAGACGAUGAUACGAAUGCAGAGGCGAAGCCAAACGCCAUAUCGCUGCCCCCAGAUAGUGACGCAGAUUCUGGUUCUGACCACAAAGACGAAGACGAAGACGAAGACGAGGAAAUGAUUGACGAGACGCACGAGACAGCCAGCAUUGAGCUCGGCGCAGAGACCCAAGAUGCGGCCCAGCAGCAGCAGGAGCUUUCUGACCUUGAGCCCGAAUCCGACGCGGAAAGUGUCAACGAGAACUGGUUCGUGUCCCUUCGACACAUCCGUCCCAAAGGCCCUGUCUGGUCCGACGACCCCAACACGCCCUUCAAGCAAUGGGCACGAGCGGACCAGGCCGUUCUCUCUGAACGUAACCGACGAGGAGGCGCAUACCUGCCUGUUGAUGAGAAGGGCGUGAUACAACGUCCUGGCUAUCGUCGAUGA